AUGCUGAGUAGAGAAACGAAAGAGCUGAAGACAUGCAACUCAGAAGCAUUUAUUUGUUUGAUUGGUUCACAUGGACCAGGUUUCCCAUCCGUAAUCAGAGGCUUUGUAUGGGAUCUCAUGUGGAACCUCAAAAUUGAAGGAAACGGUGAGAGGAAGAAGCAGCAGAAAAAAUCAUGCGUACAGCAAGGAGUUCCAACCACCUUUUCUUUGUUUCGAAGCAAGAAAGCCAUCAGCGAUCUAGAAAGCAUUCCUACAUCAAUUGGAGAAGACAAAAUGGAAAGAACUGUUGCUAUCAAAAAAUAUGACAGGCACACAGCUCCAAUCAGUAAAAGAGCACCGAGAUGGACAUAUAGGCCAAAAAUUCUAGACUCGAGAGAACUGCAAAAAUAUUCUGACGCUGGGUAA